AUGCAGACUGCUUCUACAAACAUUUGUGAAAGAAUGGUUUACUCUCAGAAGUUCAGUGAAUUAAAGCAUAGUACCGUGAUAGGUUGCCACCUGUGCAAUAAGUCCAUCUGUGAAAUUUCAUUGCUACUAAAUUUCCACGGUCAACUGUUAGUAGUAUUAUAACAAAGUGGGAGCGACUGGGAACAACAGCAACUCAGCCACGAAGUGGUAGGCCACGUAAAAUGACAGAGCGGGGUCAGCGCAUGCUAAAGCGCACAGUGCGCAGAAGUCACCAACUGUCUGCAGAGUUAAUAGCUAAAGACCUACAAACUUUGUGUGGCCUUCAGAUUAGCACAACAGUGUGUAGGAGCUUCAUGGAAUGGGUUUCCAUGGCCGAGCAGCUGCAUCCAAGCCUUACAUUACUUAGUGCAAUGCAAAGCAUUAGAUGCAGU